CUGCUCUGGGCUGGGACCAUGGAGCUUCCCCUGCUGUGCACACUGCUGGUGUUUGCUGGUGUGAUUCCAACCCAGGGCGGGAUCUUAAACCUGAACAAGAUGAUCAAACAAGUGACCGGGAAGAUACCCAUCAUCUCCUAUUGGCCCUACGGCUGUCACUGUGGACCUGGGGGCAAAGGCCAACCCAAAGAUGCCACAGACUGGUGCUGUCGGAACCAUGACUGCUGCUAUGAUCACCUGAGGCAGCACCGAUGCCGUGCCUACAUGGACCAUUAUGACUACACAUUUUCCCAUGGGGACAUCCAGUGCUCCGACAAGGGGAGCUGGUGUGAGCAGCAGCUGUGCACCUGUGACAAGAAGGUGGUCCUCUGCCUGAAACAGAACCUGGACACCUACCAAAAGCACCUGCGUUACUACUGGAGGCCCCGCUGCAAAGGCCAGACCCCUAUGUGCUAGCAGGGGCCUGCCCCACCGCCCCAUGCUCCCUCCUGUUCCUCAGCAUCUCCGGCUCUGGCGCUCCGCCCCUGCCCCAGCGUCUGACCCCCUGAACUGGCUCGGGAGGGUCUCAACCACGCCCCACCCUCCUUCUUGCUCUUGGACCUUCCAAAUCUUCCUGACCAAGGUCACCGCUCUCUUCUGAGCGUGGUUUGAGAUCUGCGGAGAAGGCAAAGCCAGGAAGCCCCUAGGGAUGGUGUUUGGGCCGAAGCCACAGGUGUUGGGGGUGGGGAUUUGGGGUCCGUGGUGGGGCGGGUCCCCCUUGCCACUGCCAGUCGCCAGGCCCCCUGGCCAAGUCUCACCCUGUCUGACACACUGUCCAAGCUGCAGCCAGGGUGGCCUCUCUUGAAGGGCAGUGUUGAUCUUUCUGUCCACGUGGCUCUACUUCUUAAAACCCAAAGCCCCCCACCGCCCCCACCCUUGGUAGGACCUCUCACGGAGUUUGGGGCCUGCACUGUCCAGCACUAUGUCACUCUCCCAAACUAGGCUGGGCAGUCCUCUGAGGCAGGGCCCAUGACCGUCUUGGACUCAGUUGCAUCUCUGCAUCCAAAGCAGUACCCGGGACCAAGAAGGGACCCCAUGAAUGUCUCUUGAGCUAAGGACCAGAUGAAGCCGCCUGGAGCAAGAGCUCCAGGCCCCUGGUCCACACGCAAAUGCAGUGUGUCCUCUCCUGCUUCUAGAUGCUUUUCAGGCUGGGACCUCUGCAGAGUGCUCCGCUUGCUGUCCCCAGGUGGCCGAGCCCCACCUAGGCCCCUUGCGGUCCAAGGGCCACUAGCAACAGAAGCCUCCCCUGGCUGACUCCUCCUCGGCUCCAAGGGCUUGCUCCCUCCUCCAAACCCGCAUAGCACUUUAUGGGUCUGUAAUCUACCAGGUUUGAUCUUGAGUGGGAUAUAAUACCUGGUCUUUUCCAAACCCCUCCAACUGGACUGGAGCUCCUGGAGGAUGGGGGCUUUGUCUCUCAUCUUUGUUUCCUCUGCUCCCUGAACUAACAGGUGCUCGAUUAGUGUUUAUGGACAAAUGAGUCCAUAAUGGAUGGAUGGAGGUUGUGGCAGAUGCUGGUACCCCACCCAGAUCCCCUCCUGGCCCCAUCUCCCAACCCCCAGCUAAGCCAGAUGGUUGGCUGCUACAUGCUCACAUCUGUCUCCUUCUCCUCUUUGUCUGCUGGAAGCCCACCUCUAACGAGUGACUAGAGAGUGUAAUACCAGAAGGAUGUAAUUGCCCAGCUCCAGCCUCCAUGCAGGACCACCCAGGCAGCACGUUGCAUGCCCCAGAGCUCCACGUGGGAUCAGGCUUAGGCAGAUGUCUAGAACACCUCUUUGCUUAGCUUCAUACCUUGGUCUGGCCUGUUUCCCUUGCUACCUUACAGGUUUCUCCUGAGAGCACGCCCUCAGUAAA